GACCUGUGCGCCUGCGUGGCGGCGCCCAGUAACCUGACCGACCAGAACAAAGAGAGGGAAAGAGCGCGAGGAGGGGCAGAGAAUGCUCUAGAACGGACUGCGAUUCCCCGCCCGGGGCGCGGGGGGCCUGCGCGGGACGGGGGCGGUUUCAAGUUCUCCGGCCGAGGGGAGCGAAGCGAAGCGGCUUUCCGCUGCCCCGAGGUCCUGCCACGCAGCAGCGCGUUGGGAGCACGCAGUUCUCCAGCUCUAGUGUUCAAAAUAUUGACAUGCAGUUGGGGACAUUUAUGUCAAUACUUGUCUGAAGUGAGGAAAGGCUGCUGCUUGGUUUAUGACACAUCCUAUAUCUGAAGAACAUUCCUGAUGGCAGGCUCCCUAAAACCAAGCCCGAUGGGCUGAAGGACUGAACAGGAGGUUAGAGAGCAUUGAAAACACACCGAAGCCACUGAAUAUGUGACAAGAAUCAUUGAGGUUACAUCUGUGAAACUACAUAUGGAAAUGCACAAAUAAAAAGCCAAACAAGCUGGUGAUUUAUAAAGCAAGCAGCAUUUACAGCACUCCUUUCCACUUUACUCUCCUGCUAUUGGAUUUGAGAUGAUGUCUGUUCAUGUUGUAGCCUUUGGAAAUGAAAGAGAUGGAUUUUCUGAAGACAAUCAGCAAUCAAGUCUGAUCUGGACCUAUCUUGGGAGAAGUGCUCUCAUUUCAGAGACUGAAAGCAAUUUGCUGCUGAACUCUGCCAACCACACUGGAAACCCUGUGUUUACUGAAUAUCAAGCCUGUGUGUUUGGAAAUGUCAGACUGGUGGUGCAUGACUGUCCUCUUUGGGAUAUUUUUGACAGUGACUGGUACACCUCUCAAAAUCUUAUUGGAGGAGCUGAUAUCAUUGUGAUUAAAUACUCUGUAAAUGACAAAUCUUCAUUUCAAGAAGUAAAGGAUAGUUAUGUUCCAAUGAUAAAAAGAGCAUUAAAUCAUUGUACAAUUCCAGUCAUAAUUUCUGCUGUUGGCGCAAGAAAAAGUGAAGUACCUUGUACUUGUCCACUGUGCACUUUAGACAGAGGGAGCUGUGUUACUGCUUCUGAAGGGAUUCAACUCGCUAAAGAACUAGGAGCUACUUACCUUGAAUUGCACAGUCUCAGUGAUUUCUAUAUAGGAAAAUAUUUUGGAGGAGUGUUGGAGUAUUUUAUGAUCCAAAGCUUGAAUCAGAAGUCAUCUGAAAAAAUGAAGAAAAGAAAUAAAAGCCACAAGUGCCAUGGAGUUAAACCACCUCAGCUUGAACAGCCAGAAAAAAUGCCAAUCUUAAAAGGUGAAGCCUCGCAUUAUAACUCCGAUUUACAUAACUUGCUGAUCUGCUGCCAGUGUGUGGAUGUGAUAUUUUACUCGGAAGAUUUAAAGGAAGUAGUAGAAGCACACAAGAUUGUUUUGUGCUCUGUAAGCCAUGUCUUCACGUUACUUUUCAAUGUGAAGAGUCCAGCUGAUAUUCAGGAUUCCUCUAUCAUAAGAACUGCACAGACUCUCUUUGCAGUGAACAGUGAGGCUGUGUUUCCAGUUUCUAACAGAGGUUCACCAUGCGGCCCACCGGUUAGAGUCAUUGUUAAAGACUCUUUCUUCUGUUUUUGUUUGUCAGACAUUCUGCACUUCAUUUAUUCAGGUGCUUUCCAAUGGGAAUUGUUGGAAGAAGAUAUAAAAAAGAAGUUGAAAGACCCAGGAGAAGUUGAGCUUGUGCUUGAGAAAGUUAAAUGUAUACUGAAAACUCCAGGAAAGGUGAAUAGUUCAAAGAAUUGCAGAUCUCAUCAGACAGCAAGACCCUUGCAGUUAUGUGAUACUUCUCUCAGGCUUUUCUUUAACACACAUGUGUUAGCUGAUGUCAUCUUCCAAAUACAAGGUGCUACUGUACCAGCCCACAGAGCAGUCCUAGUGGCUCGCUGUGAAGUAAUGGCAGCUAUGUUUAAUGGAAGUUAUAUAGAAGCAAAUAGUUUUCUUGUUCCAGUUUAUGGGGUUUCCAAAGAUACUUUCCUCUCCUUUCUAGAGUAUCUGUAUACUGACUCCUGUUGUCCAGCCAGUAUUUUGCAAGCCAUGUCUCUCUUGAUUUGUGCUGAGAUGUAUCAGGUAUCCAGACUCCAGCAUAUCUGUGAGCUUUAUAUCAUCACACAGCUGCAGAGUAUGCCUAGUAGGGAAUUAGCAUCUACAAGUCUUAGCGUUGUCAGCUUGCUCAGAAAAGCCAAGUUUCACAACUCUGACUGCCUUUCAACUUGGCUCCUUCAUUUUAUAGCCACUAACUACCUCAUCUUCAGUCAAAAGCCUGAAUUUCAAGAUCUUUCAGCGGAAGAGCGCAAUUUUGUUGAGAUGCACAGAUGGCCUUCCAGUAUGUACUUGAAACAGCUUGCAGAUUACAGGAAUUACAUCAACUCCCAGAAAUGCCACUGCAUAGUAAUGUAACCAGAAGAUUGAUUAUUCAUAAACUGGAGAAUUACAGGCUGGGAAUUACAUGGAGGCUAUUAAAACUGUAGCAGGGAUGAAAAUAAACAUUUAAGUCCUGCUGUACUCUAUAAUUCGCUUGCUAAUACUCUUUUCAUUAAUAAUGAAUUACUGUGAUGUUUUAAAGGGAUUAAGAAAUAUACCAUAGGACAGCAUAAGGAGUUAAUCAGGCCUGGUCUACACUACAAAGUUAGGUUGACAUAAACCGCAUGUGCAUGCCUAUGCCUAAAUUUGUCUCUUACUGAUGUAAGUGCCCCGUUAACAGCAAUGGAGUAACACUACCUCCCUGAGCAGCAUUAAGCCAUGGUUGAUGUACUAAGGUCGAUGCAACGCAAGUGUAAACACGGCAUUACUUAUAUGAAUUCUAACAGUCCUCCAGCAGCUGUUCCACAGUGUCUGACGCUAACCUCUUUGCUCACAAUUGUGAAUGCCUUUGUCCAGGGGUCAUGGAGUCUGAAAGGCCCUCCCUCUCUUUUAAAGCCCUGCAAAUUUUUGAAAUACCUUUUCCUGAUUGUCCAGCUGGAGAGCACACCUAGCAGCUCUCCAUUGUGUGCAACUAUGCAGCUGACCAUGGCGGCUAUAUGCUCCAGACACACUCUAUCUUGGAGUAGACAAGAGAUAUUGGAUCCUCUGGGCCUGUGGGUAGAAGAGGCUGUGUAAGCACAGCUAUAGACCAGCCAUAGAAAAAUAAACAUCUGUGAGUAGAUUGCACAGGGGAUGCAGGAGAAGGAGUAUGACAUGGGCCAGCAGCAUUGCUUUGUGAAAGCGAAGGAAUUGGGUCAGCCAUAUCGAGAGGCGAACAAUCAUUCUGGUGCUAACCCGCAGACCUGCCACUUUUACAAAGAGCUGCAUGCCAUAAUUGUCAGAGACCCUUCUGAUAUCCCGCACAUAACCAUGGAUACCUUUGAGGAUCCCAAGACACAGGUCUCUGGCAUGAACAGCUAUGAGGAGGAUGGGGGACAUGCAACCAGGGAGCCAGGACCUGUUUUGAGACUCCACCGCAGUCCAGUCAGUCCCAGCAGUUGAGCAUGGGUGAGCUCGAUGCAGGGGAAGGAACUUCGGGUAAGUGUGUAUAUGAAUUUCCCAUUACAAUGACGUACUGCUGGUGCCCACAAUUUAACAGGGCACAGUUACUGACUUUUCAUUAAUUUACUUGUACUAAAAGAGGUAGUAGUACAACAAAGACAGGUAUUGUUGUUAUCUGCUUUUCAUUUUCUUGUAGAAUUAGGCAAAGGAGGGCAUGUGGAGCAAUUUAUGUACACAGGGAUUUCCCUUGAAUUCUCAUGAGAGAUAUCGAUGAAACUUUCAUGGAGGUACUCUGCAAUCCUCUCCUGAAGGUUUCUAGGGAUGGCAGCCUUAUUGCUUCCUUUCUGGUAGGACACUUUUUCCCAUACCACUCAGCAAUAACUUCAGAAGGCACCCUUGUAGUACACAGGCUAGCAGCAGAUAGGCCUGGGUGACUUCGGGACAAUAAGCAGCAGUUGUGCUCUCUGUGCCUUUGUUCUAUCAGGAGUGAGAGAACAACUAAAAUCACCACUUCCUGUAGAUAGUGGUGCCAGUAUUUAGUACCAUUGCUCUAUACUCAUAGUUUCAUGCAACUGAGCAAUUCCCUCAUUUCCUUCCCUUGGUGGGCCACACUCACCAUGGCUGACGAGUGGCACCGUGCACAAGCACUCCGAAGCAAAAGUAUCAAUAAGCAUGUCUUGUUUAAAAUGUUAGGGGUGCAAGAGAAGGGGGUUCUGAAUUUUAACUUUCACUUUCUGUUGUAACUAUAUUGACAGUGGUACCUCUGUGUGUUUUAUCUGCAGCUGUUGCCAUUGUGGCUCUGAAAGGUUCCCCCCUCCACACCUGAGGAAAGCCUGAGCUAGAUGAGGAGGAGAAAGAGGAGGACUCGGGAUGACAUGUUCAAUGACAUCCUGCAAGCUAGUGCUGCAUGAGACGGUGAGAAAAGGAUCUGGAGGGUGAAUAUUACAGACAGCCUGGGGAAGGAAAAAGCAGAGAGGAGAGAGGCACCAAGACAUAAUGGAGCUUCUCCAACAGCAAACCAAGAUGCUGCAGACUCUUGCGGACUUAGUUUCAACAAUCCCAGGUUCACCUCCCUUUGCAGUCCAUGGCAAACUCCAUAACAGCACCUCCCUAUGCUCUCCCACCCUACAUUCCAUGUGGUAUCAGGGGCUUUAUCCCUAUCCCUCCCACUCCACCCAGCAGACAUUAAGGACAACCACAGCCUCACAUAAACUGAUCUGUGAAAUCCAUGGUUUCUGUAUAUGUAGAUUAAUGGACAGGAAUGUUCUUUCCACUGGUUUUUCUGUUUCAUUAAUUUAUUUUUAAUGUAUUUGCUUUUAAAUUGCACAGAUUUUUUUUUCUUUGCACUGGUUUUGCUUCUGAAUAACAUUUUAUUAUUUGGAAAAUAAUCUUUUAGUUCACAACACAUGCUUCAGAGUGUCUAGCAAUUCUGAAAGCACCUACUUAAUUGUUACUGUACAGUGUGGCACAACUCAUAGGAUCAGUGACAAACAGCAUAAUAAUCGUAAAUGUACAGCAAGCACAACAAAAUUAAGAGGUGCAUUGACAAUGCUAUAUUCAUAGAUGUACAACACACAAUUCCUAGCAGGCCCCAAAACACCAGGGCUGGGUAGAGCAGAAUACACCACACGUUACUGUGGCUCACUGUUAAAAUGUUCUUCAAAGCCUCUCUGAGCUGUAUGGUUUGGUGUUGAGCUCUUCUAAUAGCCCUUGUGUUUGGCUGUUCUAACUCAGCAGACUGCCAGUCCACUCUGGUGGAAACUUUUCCCCCUUUGCUUCCCUGAGAUUAUGCAGAACACAGCAGGCAGCUAUAACCAUUGGGAUGUCUUUUUUUUCCACUGAGAUCCAGUCUUGUGAGUAAACAACACCAGCAUCCCUUCAGUCUUCCAAAAGUGCAUUCAACUGUCUUUCUGCACCUGCUAAGCCAAUAGCAAAAUCUUUCCUUGGUGCUAUUGGGGUGGCCAGUGUACGGCUUCAUGAGCCAGGGGAGCCAAGGGGUAGGCUGAGUCUCCCAGGAUUGCUAUUAGUAUCUCAGCAUCACCAGUGGUAAUCUGCCAGUUGGGAAAGAAAGUCCCUGCUUGUAGCUUUCUGAACAGUCCUGUAUUUUUAAAGAUGCAAGCAUUAUGCACAUUCCUUGACCAGCCAAAGUUGAUGUCAGUGAGGAAACCCUAGUGAUCCACCAAAGCUUGCAUAACUAUAGAAAAGUAGCCCUUUCUGUUGAUGUACUCUGUGGCAAGAUGGGCUUGUGCCAAAAUAGGGAUAUGUAUGCUAUCUUUGCUUCACCACAGUUCAGGAAUGCCAUUACUGAAAAUUCAUCCAGCAUGUCCUGCAUGUUCCUGAGUCACAGUACUGCAUAGCAAGUGAUGAUUAGUGGCCUUGCACACUUGCAUGACAGUGGCCCCCAUAGUGGAUUUUCCAACUCCAAAAUGAUUUUUCACUUACCAGUAGCAAUCUGACAUUGCAGGUUUCCACCGUGCAAUCACUACUCUCUUCUCUACCAUCAGUGCAGCUCUCAUUUUGGUGUCCCUGUACUGGAGGGCUGAGGCAAGCUCGGCACACAGAUUCAGGAAUGUGGCCUUGCGCAUCUGAAAGUUCUGCAGCCACUGCUCGUCAUCCCAAGCCUGCAUUAUGAUGUGAUUCCCACCAGUCAGUGCUCAUUUCUUGGUUCCAGACAUGGUGCUCUACCAUCUGCAGUUUGAACACCAGCAACAGCCUUGAAUUUGUUCUUGCUAUGUCCCAAAGCAGUCUGUGCUCCAAGAUACUGUUGUGUUCCCUGCUUAUUUGGUUCAUGUUACGGGUCUGCAAACAUCGGAAGAUCUUGCGUCCUGGCUUGCAACGCUUAUGACAAUAGUGCAGAGCUGUGCAAGCGACAUGCUUCUGUCAGAAACGGACAGUGAGGAGGGCUGCAUAGGUUCAUGGGGAAAAAGGUAUGAAAAAAUUAUGGGAUAUAGAUAACAUUAUGGCAUAGAUGGGAUAAAAACAAUUGCAAACUGGCCCCUUACCACUAGUCAAUGCGCUUGACGUGUUUCUGCCCCACCAUACAUUGCCAAAACAUCCCAAAAGACAGUGAACUGGACAGUAGUGGAUUGCACUGAGAUACCUACCUAAGCACUUGUGAGUGUGUGUAAUACUUACACAAGAAGUCAAGUAUGCAUACACAUGAGUGAUGUACUAACAGUGGUGGCUUUAUGUUGAUGUAACUUGUGUCAACCAAAGUUUUCAGUGUAGACAUGGUCUCUGUUGUUUAGCUGCAAACUGUUUUCCCUAAGGAUUCUUUGCGGCAAUAGUGGUGGUUUCAACUUCUAGAUGAGAUGUUGAAAACAUUUUAACUUUUGUAAAUCUUCUGUUUAACCUUCUAUGGGUGAGAUUUUCAAUGAAGUGUAAGGGAGUUCGGUACCCAGCUUUCUUAUGCUCUUUUGAAUAUCUCACCCUACCUGCUUAUUUUAGCCUAGGAUUAUCACACAAUCCUUGUAACAUACUUAUGGGCUUUCUAGGUAAAGAGUAUGGUCAAAACAUUGGGGCAAGUGUAUAACUAUUCCCUGCAUAAGUUGCCCUUACAAUCAUAUGAACUGAUAUUUUCUCUUUAGCUAGAUGCUUAUAUGGCCCCAUCAUUGUACUGUCUGAGUGCCUCCUGUGUAUUUAAAAAUUAGAAAUAACAAUCUUCCCAACCUAUAGGAGAAAAAGCUGGUUUAAUUUUUAGGGCAUUUUCUGUUAGUGUGUGUGUGUGUGUGUGUGUGUGUGUG